AUGCGGGAUUACGGUGACGAGAGCUCGGAUGCUCCUCCGUUCUCACCAGCCAGUUCCAUGAGUAUCAGCAGUUCUGAUUCCAGUCCCCAGCCGUCACCGUGUUCCUCUUCGGGCGACAUGAGUGCUCCCACUAGUCCCGCGUUCCAUGGUGAUUUCUGUGAUGGAGCAAGUGACCACACCUUCUCAAGGACUCAACGGUGGACACCCAGCCCAGGUCCGAAUGACUGUCUGGAUAACCGAGAUGAGCCUCUCAAUUCUAAUCCCACGUGGACGAGUUCCCAAAACUCGACGGAAACAUCAUUUCGAGAGCGGAUAUUUCUUGCCCUUCGCGGUGGGGAUUGCCGGAAGCUGCAAGAAAUCCUUCAGACUUGUCACGGGAACGUGAAUUUCUUCGAUCCGGAGGGCCAGACUGCGUUGACGCAGAGCUGCCUGGACGGGAACUUCGAAGCCGUCAAACUUCUUGUUGGCUAUGGUGCUGACGUGAGACUUGCCAAUCGGGACGGUUGGUCCCCGUUGCACAUCGCGGCUUACAUGGGCAGCAGUGAUGUGGUCAUGUACUUGCUGAGUCGACAAAACGCAAAUGAAGUGAGAAGGUGA